UAUUUUCUCCGUCUUCUUCGCUUGACCGACGACCUCCCCAUCUCAAAUUCUCUUCUUUCUUCUUUCCGUCGACCACCGGUCCACCGCGAGGCUCUCUCCAAGCCGGUCGCCGGUCGCCGGUCGCCGUUGCAGCCAGGUAACAGCUCGAUGAGAGAAGAAGUGGUGGUGCGUGGGUUGGGGGGAAGAAGGAAGAAGUCGUGGUGGGUGGAGGUCGCGUGUCGGUGUCGGUUCUACGUGGUAUAUCUUCGUUAUCCUCUCAAAUAUAUGCACUAGUUUUCCCGAGAAAAUCUCAGUUUCCAUGAAAAAGUCUGGUCGUAGUGGCUCCAUCUUCAUCAUGUAUUGUAAGGCCUCCCCUGGCUUCUCUCUCCAGACCCGGUUCUCCAUCCGCAAUCACCUCCGAUCCUUACGCGCAUCUCUUCCACUCCCACCAUCACCUUCAUCUUCCUCUCAAACCAAGCCGACCUCGCUUCCCCACUCUGACAUCAUGGCCGCCUGCGUCGACGACACUCCGAGAACAGAGACUCGCGAAUUUUCCCGCGACCCAAGCUCGGGCGAGCGCAGAUACAACCUCAAGUUGGCGAAUUUAUGCCGACCCAGAAUUUCUGGCCCCGUUCCGAGCAUGCCCGUUUCGCAGAACCGAGGUAAGACCACGCACGCAAGCGAGGUCGUCAAAUGCCGCGACCAAGACGAAGACGAAGAAAACGUGUGGCUCAGGAUGCGAGAAGAGGCUCGCUCAGAUGUCUCUCACGAGCCCAUACUGUCCAACUACUAUGAAAGCUCUAUACUUUCGCAGGAUUCGCUCGAAAGCGCGUUGGCCAGUCACUUGUCGAUCAAGCUGAGCAAUUUGAGCCUUCCCAGGGGGACUCUGUACGAGCUGUUACAUGGGGUGCUCGCAGAGGAUCGAGAAAUUGUGAAGUCUGUGAAGGAAGAUUUGAGAGCAGUGCACGAGAGAGACCCUGCUUGCGUGAGCUAUGUGCACUGUUUUUUGAACUUUAAGGGGUUUCUUGCGUGCCAGACUCACAGGGUGGCUCACAAGCUGUGGUCACAGGGGAGGCAGGUCAUUGCGCUGCUAAUACAGAACAGGGUCUCCGAAGUUUUCGCGGUCGACAUCCAUCCCGGAGCGAAACUCGGGAGAGGGUUGCUUUUCGAUCACGCGACGGGCCUUGUUGUUGGCGAGACGGCUGUGAUUGGGAACAAUGUGUCCAUUUUGCACAAUGUGACAUUGGGAGGGACCGGCAAAGUGUCUGGUGAUCGGCACCCGAAGAUCGGUGAUGGGGUGUUGAUCGGGGCUGGUACUUGCAUUCUGGGGAACAUCAGGAUCGGAGAUGGAGCGAAGAUUGGAGCCGGGUCGGUAGUGCUGAAGGACGUGCCGCCUCAGACCACUGCAGUCGGGAACCCUGCGAGGUUGGUGGGAGGCAAGGACAACCCAGUUAGGCUCGAUAAGAUUCCUGGCCUCACAAUGGAUCAUACUUCACAUAUAUCUGAGUGGUCUGACUAUGUUAUUUAGCGAGAAUCAAAUUCAGAUGCAUUUGAAACGUUUAGUUGAUGAGCUGAUUUUAUGGGUCAAGCAUAAAUCUCUUCUUAAAUAGUCCUGGAUUGUGUGGUUGGUGCUGACUAUUUGCUGCUACUAAAUUGACUAGAUAUAGCACUGGCCAUGUAACUUAAGUUUUCAUAGGUUUGUAACGAGCUUCACCUUGCUUAAUUUUGAUGAGCUUUUUCUCUAUUAAAUGCGUGGAUGUAUAUUUGUUAUAAUAACGCAUGUGAUGCAAUGUGGCAUAUGACAUGGCACAGCUUGAACUUUGAUGACAA